ACAAGCUUGUUUCCCAGCCCAUUCACGGACUUAAGGAAAUCCGAAGCAUGGCUUCCUCUCCGUCUCUUGACUUAUUCCUCUCCGCCGUCGCGAGCCGCAUCUCCUGCUAUGCCCUGACCAAACACUCCCCAAUUCCGGACUCUGAAAUCCACUCCAUCGUGCAGUUCGCGAUCAACCAUACUCCGUCGACGUUCAACGUCCAGUCGGCGCGUGCAGUGGUGCUUUUGCACGCCGAGCACGAGAAACUCUGGGAUAUUGGCGACGCGAGUCUUCGUGUCGCGCUGCCCGAACAGGCGUACCAGAGCCUGGCGCCGAAAGUGCUGGGGUUUAAAGCCGGCUAUGGGACAGUGUUGUGGUUCGAAGACGAAGAGGCCAUGGAUAAGUUGAAGGAGAAGAGUGCCGGAAUUCAGCAUCUCAUGGAUGAUUGGUCACUCCAUUCUUCGGGCAUGCACCAAUUCGUCGUAUGGACCGCCCUGGAGCUGAAAGGCCUGGGGUGUAAUCUGCAACACUACAAUUUCAUGCCCGACUUCUCAACCCAGGUGGCGCGUGAAUGGAAGCUGCCCGACAGCUGGAAAUUGCAGAGCCAAUUGGUUUUCGGCGCCCCUAAGGAUGGUCACCUGGUGAGAAGCAGAGAGAGGACCUAUCUGCCUCUGGAGGAAAGAGUGAAGAUCUUUGUCUGA